GGAGACACCGCAGGGUCCAGAAGUGCUCCGGAGUACCUUUAUCUCAAAGAAAAAGAAAUUGUGCGGUCCAAACCGGAGGUGAAGAGUUCCUAAUCCAUCAGCGAUCACAAGAUAAAUCCAAUUACCAGUAAUCUUUCGCUCUUUUCCAACAUCUCAGGCGCUUCCGGAUUUUGUCAGGAUCAUGAGACGCACUAGGCACAUGGUGCUGCCUGUCAAGUCCUGGCAGUACAUCGGCUUGAUGAUUGUCUCAUUAGCUUGUCUAACCCUUGGACUUGUCUCUCGAGAUCGAGAAGGAAGAGCUGGCAGUCUCGCCGGACCGGAGUUGAAGCAUACUGCUCCCCACGAAGUGGACGCAUGUCCUAACGACACUCCAUUCGCUCACCGAUUGCCUUCCGCUGACGACAUGGCACCCGUAGGGUUUGAUCCGAUGACACGAGCCUCGAAAUCCCUGGACCAUCCGCGUCAGCGAGAAUCGAGAAGGACCCUCGAUCGAUCGGGAGAUCGUCGAAUCGUCCGAGAUUCGCGCACCGAACGUCGCGGAGAAACUAGAGACCAUCGAGCUCUGGAGAGUGAAAGACUGAUGCCAUCACGCGACGCGAGAUCGGAGCGACGACAAUUAAGUAAUCGUUCCGGCGAUCGUCGAUCUAUGUCCCUCGAUCGCAUUUCGAGGUCGGAGCGAGUGCGAGAGGUUCUGAUUCGACGGACCGAUCCGUCGCGACUGUUGCACCGCGAAAUUGCGGAGAGACGAUCCUCUAACCGCGAGAAUCAGGAGAGACGGGAUUUGAGACGUGUCGACCGCACGAUCCGAUCUCGAUCUAUCGAUUCUGCCGAUCGACGAGUCCAUCCUAUCGAUAGAAAUCUUCGGUCCGUCGAGCGAAGGCGCGUGGAGCGUACAGCACCGGAAGUAGACGCCCGAGAGCGGAGAAUCGCGGAGAAUCGAGUUCGAGAUGUGGAGGGGAGAAAAUCGAAUGCCGGCCUGCGAUUUCAUAAUCGCGAGCGAUCGGCGGACGCGAGGAUUGAGACUAGGAGAAGCAUCAGGUCUGACGAGCGACGAUCUGUGGAACGGGACGAUAUCAGGAGUUCAGAGCGUCGGGCGCGUGUUGCAGAUUCGAGAUUCGACGUUCGACGAUCCAGUAUCCGGUCCGAAGAUCGGAAAUCAACGGAACGGCUUCAAAGAUCGAGAACAGAACAUCGUACUGCUCCUGGAGUAGAUGCCCGAGAACGCAGAACCAUGGAAAACCGCCUGGAAGAGAAACGAUCGAGCGCCGCUCAACGAUCUAAUAAUCGCGAGCGAUCGACGGACGCGAGGAUCGAGUCGCGACGAUCUAUCCGUUCAAACGACCGACGAUCUGUGGACCGCGUCGACACUCGACGAUCCAGCGAUCGAUCGAAUGAUCGGAGAUCAUCAGAGCGAACUCUAGAUCCUCAAAACCGCCGGGACUCCAGCCGACGAUCGUCAGAUCGUCUCGUCACUGAGAGAAUCAACAUUCGAACCGACGAUCGACGAUCCGAACGCAGUCACAUCCGUCGCACUCGUUCCCACGACGAAAGGCGAUCUAUUCCUGAUACCAACCGUCACGACAAGCGCGAGAAAAUCGAACCGGAAGACCGGCGCAGAACAUCGCGUCUGGAAAACGCGGAGGAGCGAAGAAUUGUGAGGGAGAAGAGGACGGAUCAGAGCAAACGCAACCAAAACUACCUCGCAACAGUACCUAAUGUAAUCGACAACAAAAUAAUCGCAAGAAGCCCUAAUUACGAGACUUUGCGACAAAUUUUCGUGUUGGCGCUCUGCACAGUAUAUACCGCAUCCCUUUUCAAACAGAAAAGCGGAUUUAUCAAAAACACUUUCGCUCACGCAGCUCGUCUCCUCGUCUGGUAAAAUCAGCAGUUAUUUACUGACACUCAAUGGCAGUCCUAAUUGAAUAAUCCAAUUGCAAUCUGCAAGUAGCUCUAGUUAACUUCUCGUGAAAUUUUCCUGUAGCUUUGUAGAACCGUGCACUCUGCCUGGUAAAUAGAGUAGAAAAGUUUUAAAAUAGUGUAGAACUAAAUAUGUACUUACCUGUUACUUGAUGUGCGCUGCCUCAUUACCUUAUCCUGAUGUUGUUAAAGAUGUUCAUUCAAUAAAAACUAUUUUUCGUGGCA